AUGAGCACGGUGUUUCAAAAGCGCACUACUGCUUCCCAGAGACACCACCCUCUCCACCGUCUCCCAGUCAAUCCUCCCCAUCAACAUGCCCAUCAUAUCAUCAUCCCCUCCCCUGCUCAUGGUAUCAUUCCCUCCCCCCUGCUCCCCUGCAUCCACCCCUUCGCCUUCCCUGCCAGCAUUCGCCUCAAUACCUUCCUCCCCUCUCCCUUUUUCCCUUUCCCCUUCCUCCCCUCUCCCUUUUUCCAUUUCCCCUUCCUUCCCUCUCCCAGCAGCCUCGUGCCAGUCUGCGGCUGUCCCUUUGCCUCUCUCUUCCCCUCCUCCCCCCACCAAGCAGGGCAGCACGAGGCAGUAGUGGGAUGCGGUCCAGAAGGCUCCAAAGGGGCGCACAGCGACGCAUGUGGUAGCACAUGGCGCUGCUUAGCUGAGGGAACGGGGAAGAAGGGAGAGAAUGCGGACAAUGGGGAGAAGGGAGAGAAUGCGGACAAUGGGGAGAAGGGAGAGAAUGCGGACAAUGGGGAGAAGGGAGAGAAUGCGGACAAUGGGGAGAAGGGAGAGAAUGCGGACAAUGGGGAGAAGGGAGAGAAUGCGGACAAUGGGGAGAAGGGAGAGAAUGCGGACAAUGGGAAGAAGGGAGAGAAUGCGGACAAUGGGGAGAAGGGAGAGAAUGCGGACAAUGGGGAGAAGGGAGAGAAUGCGGACAAUGGGAAGAAGGGAGAGAAUGCGGACAAUGGGGAGAAGGGAGAGAAUACGGACAAUGGGGAGAAGGGAGAGAAUGCGGACAAUGGGGAGAAGGGGGUGCAUGUGGGUGCACAGCUGACACGUUCUAACACUUGUUAG